AUGGUAUCUCUGGGGAAUAUUAAAGUGGAAUCGGGAGAGCCCAGAGGUCCUUUGAAUCAUCUUCAAAGAGAACUGAAAUUUCUCCUUGUUUUGGCUGAUGGUUUGCGGACUGGUGUAACGGAAUGGCCUGAGCCUCUGGAAGUAAAAUCUGCUGUUGAACUUGUGCAGGAAUUUCUGAAUGACUUAAAUAAGCUGGAUGGAUUUGGUGAUUCUACAAAAAAAGACACAGAGACAGUGAAGCAUGACACUGCUGCGGUUGAUCGCUCCAUCGAAUGUCUCUUCACAGUACGGGGGGAUCUGGAUUUUGCUGAGCAGCUGUGGUUCAAAAUGAGUGGUAGUGUGAUUUCAUAUCAAGACUUGGUGAAGUGUUUCACAUUGAUCAUCCAGAGUCUACAACGUGGUGAUAUACAGCCAUGGCUCCAUAGUGGGAGUAACAGUUUACUAAGUAAGCUGAUUCAUCAGUCUUAUCAUGGAACCAUGGACACAGUUGCUCUCAGUGGGACUAUUCCAGUCAAGAUGCUUUUGGAAAUUGGUCUGGACAAACUAAAGAAAGAUUAUAUCAGUUUUUUCAUAGGUCAGGAACUUGCAUCUUUGAAUCAUUUGGAAUAUUUCAUUACUCCAUCAGUAGAUAUACAAGAACAGGUGUAUCGUGUUCAAAAACUCCACCAUAUUCUAGAAAUAUUAGUCAGUUGCAUGCUUUUCAUUAAGCCCCAACACGAGCUCCUCUUUGCUUUAACACAAUCCUGCGUAAAAUAUUACAAACAAAAUCCUCUUGAUGAGCAACACAUUUUUCAGCUGCCAGUCAGACCAACUGCUGUAAAAAGCUUAUAUCAAAGUGAGAAGCCACAGAAAUGGCAAGUGGAAAUAAGUGGUGGUCAGAAGGUGAAAACAGUUUGGCAGCUGAGUGACAGCGCACCUGUAGACCAUCUGAGCUUCCACAAAUCUGAUGUUUCUGAGUUAACAUUGAAUGGUAGCCUGGAAGAAAGGAUGUCCUUUACUAACCUGGUUACCUGCAGCCAGGUGCAUUUCAAGUGAAGUCGGCUGAUAGAGUCCUCUGUAAG